UAUCUUUGGCACUCGACACUUGUUGGUUUUUAAAAGGGAAUCAAAUAAAAACAAAGAAAAGAAGUAGAAAAGUAUUAGAAAAAAUACAUAUUUAAUCACACGUGCCGGAAUUGAUUCUUAAAAAUUGUAAAAAGAAAAUAAAAAAGAACUAAAUUAAAAUGGAGAUGAUGCAAGGAGCUUCUCUUUUAUCUCGGCCAGCCGAUGAAUUUGGAAAUGAUGGUUUGGUAGAGGAAAUGUGGGCAGUAAAGGCCAUGGAUCAUGCUGAAGUGUAUUUUAAUCUACUUACAAGUGUCCACCCUUCAUGCAUCAAACUGACCCCAUAUGAUGAUCAAAUUUACCAAACAUUUCGACAAGACUUUCCAAAUUUAAAAGUCGACGUUUUAACAGAUGAUAUUCUUAAAUCUCCAGCAGCGAAACAAGAAUGGCGUCAAUUUGCCGAAAAGUUUAACAAGUUGGAAGAUUAUUCCUAUGGCACCUUAAUGCGGGCCAAUGCAGCAGAAGAAUUUUCGCCUGACAAUUCACUUUUAGUAGUGCGCAUCCAGUUCCUUGCUAUAGAAAUUGCACGAAAUCGUGAAGGUUAUAAUAAUGACGUACACCAAAAGUUUCGCCCCGCUCCAAAAUCUAGCACAAUAACAAGUGAAAAUCAAUUGUACCAAGAAGUGUCCAAGUAGAUUAAUUAUCUAUUAAAUAUAAGUUUUUAAGCAGAAUUUUAUGUACUAUUUUAUACUGAAGACAAAUCCUAAUACAAAGAACAAUUAAUCAAUAUUUAUGUUCGAGAAACUUGCAUAAAUUAUUAAAUUACAGUUACAUACUAUCCCAACUCCGACUUUAAAA